UCGUGUUGAAGAAUUGCUAAUUAAAAAAAAAAAAAAGACCGAACCAAUCCGAGUUCCGAUGGACCGCCAUAGUCACCGACUAAACAAAAAGCCUGCGAGCACGUAAUCUUUGACGACGACGAAGAGGAGGAGAAGAAGAAGAACUUUAACGGAAGAAGAAACUCAGAGAGUCAGAGAUGAAUAGUCCACCGGAGAACGAUCUUUGUUCGAUAUGUCAUUCCCACUUCACCGCUCCUUGUCAAGCCAAUUGCUCCCAUUGGUUCUGCGGAGAUUGCAUUAUGCUGGUGUGGACGCAUGGAUCUACAUUACUGCCAUGUAAAUGCCCUUUGUGUCGUCGUCCAAUUAGUUUACUGGUUCCUUCAGAGGACACAAUCAGAGACCGUUCAGUUGCGGAGGUUCUUGGUAAGCUUGAAACGUACAACAGACUCUUUGGCGGGCAUUCAAGUAGUUUAGUUCAGAGGAUGCAAGACCUUCCCUUCUUACUACGAAGGUUGUUGCGGGAAAUGAUGGAUCCACAAAGAACGCUUCCACUUGUCAUUAGAGCUCGGGUUUAUAUCGCAAUGUUUCUCAGUGCUAUUUACAUAGUCAGUCCAAUAGAUAUCAUUCCAGAAGGAGUUUUGGGGAUAGUCGGUUUGCUUGAUGAUCUUCUCAUAGCCCUGAUUUGUUUCCUCCAUGUUGCUGCCCUGUACCGCUCUGUUCUCUACUUCCGUCAUGCCGGUUCAUGAAUCAAAGAAUGUUUUCGACAUAAUGUGUCGCCUUAUACCUUUUCCUCUGUCUUUAUCCCUUCUCUUUACAAAUACACAAUUGUUCUGUUUUGCUAAGGAAAACUGAAAUGUGUGAUGAUAGGAUCACAGCACAAAAAAAGGUUUGAACCACAUAUCAAUCAUCUUCCUACCACUUCCUCUA